CGUGUACGAGGUUAUCCCGUUAUUUUUAUCGUAGUAAGCAUUUAUACAAGGUAAACUUUGUAAUUUGGUACUAACUAUAUUUGAGAAUCUAAAAGUUGAGGCUCGGGCAGCACUCCUGUUUAAAUAUGACUAUAAAGAGCGCGAAUCUUCCGUUAUCUUUUUAAAAAAAUAUAUUAUGCACUUCCAAUACUCGAGCUAUACUAAUAAAAAAUCUCUCCUUCACCAAAACCGUCUUGGGACUGUCCCUAAUUUACUAUGUGCAUUUCGUAUUGCCUUGUCGCCCAUCGUAGCUGCUACUAUUUUGCAUCAAAAAUACUCGGCUUCUCUUAUACUUUUUGCUCUGGCUGCUAUUACUGAUUUGUUAGACGGGCAGAUUGCAAGACAUUGGGCAUCUCAGCGUUCUUAUAUCGGAACUAUGUUGGAUCCUCUUGCAGAUAAAAUUUUUGUAACGGCAGUUACAUUAAGCCUCCUUCAAGCUAAACUUCUACCCGUCUAUGUCGCUUUUACGCUUUUAAUAAGGGAUUUUGGCUUAAUCUCAGGAACUGCUUUCAUGCUAUACAAAUUUUUGCCAAGCCAAAUGACCGUAACAAAAUUCUUGAAGGCCCCGACGUCAAUAUUUGAGAUUAGUCCUUCACUGAUUAGCAAGGCCAACACAGUACUCCAGCUGUUACUGCUCUGGUUUACUCUUGGCCGCGCCGCCUAUGAGGUGCACAAUGCUGCAGGCGUGGACUUCCUACAAUACCUGCAAGCUGCCACUGUUGUCACCACGUGCAUUUCAGGGGUGGACUACGCCUGGAACGCCAGGAGGGCCGUCAGAAGCCGCAAGAUUUAGCAAGAAAGCAGACAACAAUAAAAAUUCUUUUUUUU